UUCAGUUUAUUUUCAUUGCAUAACCUAGGUAACCAUUUUCGAUUAGAUCAAUAACUUAAUCCUUUACACUAAUCUUAGCAAACAGUCUUAAAAAGAAUUGUUCAGCCAUCUAUCCUAUUACUAAAUAAACAAAUAUAAAUUUGCAAAAAAUGGAAGUUAUGGAAGAAGGAAAUCUUAUGGACCGAGUGCCUAUUUUAUUGCAAAGAGAUCUCCAAUACUAUCAGACUCAUCAAAGAGUUUUACAAGAACCCAUUUGUUUGGGUGUAGUUGGUGGUAAAUUAGAUUUUCCCCGCUAUGCGUCAUUCGCAGCCAUCAAGAUUAUACUCUGGUGGGAAGAUGAAUAUUUUGCUUCUUAUCGGAAGCAUUCUGGUCUACUGCAUACGGAGAAACAAUUGGCUGAAGCAGACAUUUCAGCAGUGAUAGUUAAAAAUUCCGAUCCGGAUAAAUUUGUUAUCUUAGUUACAAAAUCAGCAGAUUUAUUAUUGGAACAUCUACAUAUACUUUCGCAAGAGUCCUUAGAUCACGCCGACCUGUCGGUACUGACAGCUACUAUCGGAGCCGCCGCUCUAAUUAGAAAUUGCCUAAAUGUCUAUUUGCAAGCGGCCACAACUAAAAUCUAUCCACCUAAGGGAAAUGACAAGGGCGGCGCAUUAAAGAUCUCUCUUAAGCAAUAUUCGCAAAUGUCUGAAGCUUUGGCUGAACGUCUAUUGGAUUUACAUUGCCGGCUGUUACUCUUGUACAUUCUUCAAGAUGCCGAUGCGUUGCAUUGGGAAGAUAGAGAACCGUUUUUCGAAUCUGAACGUGGCUCGUACAUCAUACAAAUGUGGUGGUUAUAUAUAUAUGGCACUAAAGAUGAUCUCUGGAAUUCGGUACCUCCGAAGAUGGCCCAACGAAUUUUCAGUGGCAUGUUAAAUGAUACGUUGAGUGUAUUAACGGUACGUUAUUCGCAAAUUGUUACUAGUCAUGCCCGCGCUCAAUUGCAUUUAGUAGAUAUUUGCAAUCUAUUGUUUUGUGUCACUGAACUAUUGCCGCACGUAUGCGAAAGCGGAGAAGCUUAUAUAGGCUUACAGCUAACGAACCAAAGUGUCAUCAUACGCGAUAUACAUGCCAAGUGUCGUGAACUCUUUUACUGCCUUCUGUUACGUGGUGCACCACUCGGAGUGCUCUCAAAGGUUUUUCGCAAAGGACUCGAAAAUAUGGAAAUGUUUUCCUCGCGUCAUGGUUUACCCAGCGCUUGGAUUAUGUUUUCCUUGCCUCGACUAUUUUCGAAAGAUCAAUCACGUCAAUGGGUAACUGAAUUUUCGGAUUUGAAUUCUCAUACAGCCAUUUAUUUAGAAUUAAAAGUGCUACUAUCUUCCCCUGAGGCUGACUGGUCGUUUCUAGUAAAGGUUUUAUUAAUGCGUGGUGCUUACCUGAGUGGCCUUAUACUGCGGCAUUUGCUGAGAUAUUUACCGUCAUCAGAAAAUUUUAAAAAUGUAGCGCAAACAUCGUUUACAGAAAACCCUGAAAAACCUGAGAAAUGUAAAGGUUUCUUAUGUCGCGGUGAAUGUUUUAAUGUCUCAGAGCAUACAGCCAGCGACAUUGAUCCGGUGGGCCAAUCGAAUUAUCAAAUUGUUUUAUCUUUAACAUAUCUAAUUGUGGCCAUAGGUAGAGCCUUAGAUAUUAAAACUUGUUUAAUAAAGCCUUUAGAAGAGGCGGGAGAAACAGGUUGGAGUAAUUGUUUGGAUAAAAGACAAGUUUGGAACCAAAAGCGCCCUCCCUGGCUGGAAGCUAUUAUGCAUUUCGUUUACCCUGUGCUAGACUGUGUAGUGGAAAUGCUAAUCAAUGCUGUGGAAGCAGGUGCCACUAUGUAUCAGGCCAUGUCCUUGGCUUUGACUUGCAUUUCGGAAAUGUGGGAUUGUUUACCAGAUGGCCUUUAUAAAGUUACCUCACUUUUACAAGACGUAAUACCUGUUUCCACCAGGCCCUUAAGUGAUUCUGUACUUUUACAGGUUAUAUUUGCCGCCCUCUAUACUGAACUUGUUAAGAGAGCCGAGAAAUAUGAGAAAAAUUCAAAUGAUGUAAAAGCCGCCUUAUCAUAUACCAUAUCAGAGGCGAUAUGUUCAAUUGAUGAAGAUGAUAAACAUACCGAUCAAAUUGAAUUGUUCUUGAAACAAGCUAAAGAUAGCAUUAUCUUAGAGUCAUAUGCAGGUUCCGGUAGGGGUGCUACCGAUGGUGGUGGAUUAAGUGCAGUUAGUACCGUUAAAAUCGAUGAUAUCGGCACGGCAGACUCGGAACGAUUAAGUCAUAGCCCACCAGCGAAUUAUGCCAUGGAAUUAGAUGUAAGCAUAACUGAAUAUAUAGCAGAGGUCCUAAGUAGUGACAUUUUGACUACGGAUAUAGGCAGGCAAGCUUUGAAAGUAAGUUACACAUACUUAAAAAACAAUAAGGAUUGGUUGUUGCAACUAUUGAAAGGAAGCGAAUGGCCAAAGAAUCCAUUUCCGAGUGUGCAAGGACAAAAUAUUAUUGAAACCAAGAUGUCGCUGUUAAAGAAUAUGUUUUACAUCGAUGAUGCCCCAUUUGAUCAGCUUUUAACCGACUCUUUGAAAAUCGAUUAUGUGACAUGGCUGCAAACACCACUGUCGUUAAAUGUUGAACGGGCUUGGCUGCAAUUGUCGCGACGCCGCGAUUUUCAAGAGGAUGCCAAACUCACGAUGCCGGAAAUAGCAAUGGUGGCAAACAUAACUAAAAUUAUGAAAAAACGUAAAAAUUAUGCAAAAUAAGCAAAUCAAGUAAAGCAAACACGCUCUCACACAUACGCUCGCAUACACACGCACACAAAUCUAAAACGGCAAGAAAUUGAUUUUACUGAAUAUUAUAAGAGGAAAUAGAAAAUGAAAAGCACAUAAAAGUUAAUGCCGAAGAAUUUCAUUUACAAACACACCCGCAUUCCUGAAUGUGAAUGUGUUGAAGAAAAAAAGUAUAUAAAACAAUUUUAAAUAAAUCAUACGCAUCAUGGUCUAAUGGUGCAAGUCACUUAAAAUGAAUCGUACUAUUUGUUUUUAUUAAAACAUUAACACAACAUAAACAAUGAGAAAUUAC